AUGGCUGUCUCAGCACUACGGCUGACGAUUGUCCUGGGACUACUGGUCUUAAUCCUGACUUGCCAGGCAGAUGAUGCAUAUGACAAACCAGAUGACAAGCCAGAUGACUCAGACAAAAAAACAGAGCCAGAUUUUCCAAAAUUCCUAAACCUCUUGGGCACAGAGAUCAUUGAGAAUGCAGUGGAGUUCAUCCUCCGCUCCAUGACGAGGAGCACAGGAUUUAUGGAAUUUGAUGAUAAACAAGGAGAACAUUCAGCAAAGUGACUUCCCCAGGUGAUUCUUAACUUACAAUUUACAACUAAAAUAAUAGAAUAUUUAACAAAGAAAAAGGA